GCUUCUUCAUCAUGGAAUAGCUCCUGGUUUUCUCACCAAAUUAGCGCCGUAAACAUCUGACUCAUAUUAAGCUCUCAACGUUGACCACAUCAUGAACAUCUUAUUUCCUUUUCGUCAGCUUCACCUUGCGAGCACCUUUUCAGUUAGUCUUUAUGUACACAACUCUACAUAUAUCAUGAGUGGUUUAUUUCCAUCUCAGCUAGCUUCGUUUGUGCUAGCUUUUUACGGUUAACAACUAAAUCAUUCGUUCAAUCGUAAAUUUUAUCGCUUUCCUUUGACUCCUAUACACACGCCGGCUUCGCUCAUGACUUAUCAGCUCUCAUUCCUAUUUUAAAGUUACAAUGUAUUGUUUAAAAACUGCCUUCUGAUAUUCAUUUACACAUACUUCUCAAAAGCGCAUUUAAUGGACUUUGUCACGAACACUUUCAUACUUUAAACUAGCGACCACUCCUCACUAAACUGGUGACUUUCCCAUGAUAGUUCAUUUUUAUAUUGCCAUUAUUUUUACACUCUCAUGUAUUCACUAUUUAGAAAUGGUUACAAUUUUGGUGAUUCCGAAAUGGUCUUUCCUUAUAUCGUUACAAUUUUGGUGACCUUCUGACUCAAGAAUGCGAAAUGCUAUCUACGUUUCAUUUCAUUCUGAUGACACCCAACUCGCUUUUCCUCAUUCAGUGCACCUCGGAUGUCUUUUUGAAAUAUAGAACGCAGACUAUGCUUACUGCACCUUCGCUUCCAGAUACACCACACUUACCUGUAUACAACCCCAGUUUAGUCUCAACAUAUAUUUGUUACAUAAAAAUCAUGCAAGGAUGAGCACGUAAUCGUUAUAAUUUUGGUGACCCCAUCCUUACACAUAAUAUAGUUUCUUGGUUGUAGAGCCUAAUGAAAACAAGCAAAUAAAUCGGUAGCAACGAAGGAAAAUUCAGAUAACGUACAACUAUGGGGUGUCGAAAGCAGGCAGCAGGUUUACUUCCGUUGAAAUAGCCCAAAAGUGAUUCCCAAACCAAGUUCUGACCGAAUUACUAACAGGCGACACCAAUACGGCAACAGUCGAAAAGAAUUGCUGCAUCUCCAAACUUUUAACAUAUAUAACCAGAAGUUCUGACACCUUUAAAUAUGGAUACAUUGUGAAAGUAUAAGUCAGUUUGACUGCCUGUUUAGAUAAAAAUUAAUUUUCUCUCCCUUGUAGGUGCAAUAUACUCGAAUGGUAAAGAGAUUUGCCAUCCAAUCACGAGGUCGAUUCUACUGCCUAGCAAGUGCAAUUUACUAUAGAUUCGGGCCAACCAAAACCUCGCUAGUAAAACUGAGUGGAUGGAAUCUGCAUAGAAGCCCACCAGAGGAAUUGUACUGCUAACUCAAAGGUUCGGCCUUGGUACAACUUGUCACGCUGGUUCUGAUUACGGAUUACAUUAAAGACACAUAUAUAUUUCUGGAGAAUACCCAGCUACUUAUACGCUGAUUAACUGAACUUUGUAAUUCAUUUAGUCGUACAACUGAACACUCGUUAUCGGAAAUUCCGACCAAACUUCGUUUGUUAUUUAUUUAUUUUUCUCUUGAUAGUAUUUUGUACUGACCUGUAAGCUUUUGUCAUUUUUACUUUUUAUUUGUAGAACGGGCAUAAGGUAACCGUUUUCAGUAAGUGGGCUGCCGUAUGAGCCAUGGUUGAUCAUCAGUGUAUAUGAAAACAAAACGAAACCAAAAAGAAAUAACAAUAAGGAACCACGCCGGCUGAGCUGGAAAUAAAUCUGCUGCUGUGAUCAUGGUUGACAUCGUAGCAUUAGCAGUUGUAGUUGUGGCAUAUGCUUUUGUCUUUGUUACAGGUCUUUUGUUAGUGAAAUUCACUCGACGCCACCAAGAAUGUACGCAACUGGAGUUCGAGUUAGUUGCUGGAAGAAACCUGUCUGUUUUCCUUGGAAUUUCUACUAUGACAGCUACCAUUGUUGGCGGAGGGUUUUUAAAUGGUACUGCUGAGUCUGUGGCCACUUAUGGUUUAGUCUGGACAUUAGCUCCUGUAGGAAUCCUCUUUGGCUUAAUAUUCGGUGGACUCAUAUUUGCCAAAAAGAUGCGUGAAUGUAAAUAUAUGACGAUGUUGGAUCCGUUUCAUAAGAAGUAUGGCUCUCUGAUGGUUGUUCUGAUUUACUUAAUAGCCCUGUUUGGAGAUCUUCUGUGGUCAGCUUCCAUUCUUAUUGCACUUGGAACCAGUCUGGGAAUAAUGACAGGCAUUAAUACAAACAUAGCAAUUGUGAUAUCAGCCCUUGUAACUAUUGUUUAUUCUGUCAGUGGUCAAAUGUUUGCAAUUGUUUAUACAGAUGUUAUUCAGUUGGGAUUUAUUAUUGUUGGAAUGUCUGUGUGUACUCCUUUUAUACUUUUGGAUGAAAGAGUAGCCAGCAUCUCUUCAACAAGGAACAAAUGGCUUGGUUCAGUAUCAAAAGAUGAAAUUGGUGUUUGGACUGAUCUUUUCAUCACUAUGGUAAUUUUGUGUAUUUGUGUGUAUGUCAUAUAUGUGUAUAUAUGGUGCAGGCAUAGUGAAUGGUUUAGAAAAUUGCUUUGUUUUGUCUGUACUCCCUUUGGCCAUCUCACACUUACUUAUAUGUGUUGAAUAUAUCAUCAUCAUCAUUUAACGUUCACCUUCCAUGCUGGCAUGGGUUGGACGGUUUGACAGGAGCUGGCCAGGCAGACGUCUGCACUGGAC